AAGGCCUGUACCGAAAAAAAAACUAUAAUUUUCAUGCCGCUGUAAUUUUGUGUCUAAGCAUGAUGACUACGGCUCUCUUAACGCGGUAAAAAGUCAUAUUAUUAUAUUAUAUAUUGCAAUAUAAAUAAUUCUGCUUUAACGGUGUUCAACUUUAUACCGGUCAAUAGAAGAGAUCACUGAAAAUUGGUCUUUUCCAAAUAGCAAGAAAAUUUGCAACAUCCUAAUUUCGAAACACUUAAAAUAACCUCUAGGUUUUGUGUAUUUCAUAAUAAAUAACUAAUUUAAGUAGUAUGUUGUCUCUUGAACAGAGGCCUCAAAGCGGUAGAUCUUUUGGAACAAGUGACCCUGGGCCCAUCACAAAGAUUGCUAAUAGAAUUUGCGAAAACCAAGCAUACCUGUCAUAAUUAUUGUGAAAACUGGGGUGUAUAUGCGGCUAAAGUGCAACGAACUACGAUGAAAGUCAGUUCAGAUCUCCGUACGAAGGUUAGGAUAGCUAAAGUUACAGAAAAUGUGUGUUACUUUAAUCUAGGCCAAGUUGAAAAUCAUAAAAUUUCCUACGUACAAAAAUCGCAUUUGGUAGUUGACAUAAAAUAGAUUAAGAGCUCUCGUCCUGCAGUGCCGUUCUCUCAACAAUUAUUAUGCUCAAAUCAAAAGUGUAUUAAAAAAGAAGAAUAAGACAGCCAAAAAACAUUAACGAUUCCAACAGGUGAUGGGCUGAUGCAGGCAAAUAUGAAAAACGGGACCGUAUAAAGCUGCCACUGGAUGCGCUAGGAAGAAGCUGCCUAUCACUCCUACCGAAAGAAUAAUAAAUAUAUAAACUGACAAUUAUGUAAAUUUCCUAAGUAGUAAAUCGUUUUUAUUAUAGAUAUUCUAAAAACAUUAGUUUGUUCUCAAUCGCAUCAGUUUUUUUUCAUUUCAAGUUGACAGUUUUUCGGUACAUCCCUUAUAUACGAAGGUGUAUACCAAAGUGAAUUUCAAAAUUUUAAGGGAGAUCAUUGAGUUUUCUUUAAUUCAUUAAGUUCCAAAUAUGAGUAGUACGACCUACAUUUUUAUUGCUAUUAAUUUUAUUAAUGUAAAGAAAUACGUACGUGCCGGAGGAAAGCGCCACAUAAAUGUACUAUCAUCCUACCAACAUAGUUAUACGACGAAAAAUGAGAGGUAAGCCGCGCCUGUCCGAACUGGAAUGAUACCAGAUUGCUUUCGAAAGUCCCGAGCUAUUUGGUAAACCCUGUUGAUAAAGCGACAUCCGACGCAUCCGUAUACCGGCACGCGCCAUGGAUUAUAUUAUGAAAACUGAUUGGGAAAACACUAACAACAUUCCAAAUGAAACCGAUACUCAAUUUUAGCUACUAUAUCUUCUUAGUCUAACAAAACAAGUCAUUCAAGGUGUUAAGGGAGCACGGAGCCACGUUAUUAUAAUUUUUCAUAAUGUAUUACAAAGAGUUAUUGUCCUUCGUUUUGUUUAUGCUUCCAGGGAGUAAGGGCGCCAUACCGGGCACCUUCUUCUGGAAACCCCGAAUGGGCAUAGAUUUGGCUAUGCCCACUACAGACUCCCCGCUAACAGCUUUUCAACCUAAUAAGCACAAUAUCAAGGCUGGGCUAGUGGUGUUGCUAAAUGGUUACGACAUCAUGACGUCCAUACUUGGACUGCUGCAGGCCAUGCAAUACGCAAGAGAUGACGAAACAAUGGACCCCGCCUCAAGCCUCUACUACACCGGCGCUUACAGAUGGAGUUUGAGGACUAUGGACUUAUUACCACAUUGGCUGAGAGGCAAUUUCGGCGACGCGCUUGGAGUGUGGAAUAACCGUUUCAAAUAUAUGGAGACUGACGUACCUGAGUGGAUGAAAAAGCUAUUGCCCUGGGUGACUAAGGAAUCUUGGGAUAGAGAAUAUUCAGAAGCGGUCAAAUUCAAAAAGUUUGCUGAAUCAUCCUUUACCCAAUUCUACAGAUUUCCAUCAAAAACCUUCAACAACUUCAAUUCCUUCUUGCCUACCUCGCUAGAGGAUUUUGUUUUCUCUUCAGCUUCACGAGAUCUGUCCACCCUGAGUGAAGAAAGUGAAGCAAGCAAACUUGCUAGACAAGAAGAGUUGCAGCGUAUAUUACAAGCUAUACGAACCACAACAACAGCAGCCGGCCUAUGAUGGUUUUGUCAUUAUAUCAUUAAUCAUUUAAUGCUUGGAUUGGCGAUUAUCUGAUAAGUGACUUAAUUCGGCAUAAAGUCGCGAGGGUAACGUAUAAUUGACUAAUGAUAGCGCGACAUAUUUUGAGGUUUAGAAAAAUGAAUUUUAAACUCUAUGCCUUAACGCGUAUUUUAAAGAAUAGAUGAUUAAAUCACAUUCUACCACUUAUCUUCAUAUGACAUUAACAGUUAAAAAUUAUCCAUGGUUUGUGCUUUUCAAAAAUUAAGUGUAAACAAGUAUACUUAAAGCGUAUUUUAAUAAAUAGUUGGUUAAAUGACAUAUUACCACUUAUCCACAUUUGACAUUGAUAUGUAGUUAAAAGUUAUCCAUGAUUUAAGAGUUUGCAAAAUAAAUUCUUAUUAUGUUGAAUUAAGACGUCUUUUAAUAAAUAGUUGGCUUAAUGAUAAGUUGUGUCUACAAUUCAUACAUAGCAAAUGGGGAAUCAUUGCUCGCUUAGAUUUGAAGGCACGUUUAAAGGUUUGAAAGGCAGGCAAAGGUAGUGAAGCGUGUAAGGUGUUCAAAAUUAAGCGUGUAGAUCAUUUCCAACAUUUCACACGAUGAGUUACUUUCGGUACGGACUGUGCCUAUUGAGUGAAAUUAACGUAAGGCGGUCUUCACACUGGCGUUGCACCGCAUCCCAUUGCGAUGUGGAUGAUUUAGUAUACGGCAGAGUUCGCUAUAGUUUUCCUUCAAUAGUUUUUCGCCUCAAACUGAGUACUUGCGGUUUGCCAAAAAUUAUGUAUAGCGAUUGCAUUUGUUGUACCUACUUACUCGGAAAACUGAUAAACUCUGGCACAGCAACUUGGUCAGUAGAAAAAAGGCGGUAAAUUUUUAAAAAUAUAGGCGCAAAUGGUUGAUCUCCCAUAUAAAAUUUAAACUUUGCGCCUUUUUCUACUGCCAAACUGGGUGUGUUUGAGUAUAGUUUCAUGUCACCAUAGGGAUUUAAAAAGACCAUAUCUGUGGUACGGUUUUGAAUUCGUUUAUCUUGCUAAUUAUGUAAAAUGGUACACGACUUGUAUUUUCCCAGUGUUUUCGUUGUCUGUUAUCUGUACAUAUUGUGACCGAUCUUGUAAGUAGGAUUUGAUCCAAUUGUAUGCAUUUCCCCUAAUACCGAUGCCAUAGACUAUGUAUGUAAGAACUUAUAACAGAGACUCGCGCCUGCAGUCAAACUGUGUAAACAGUGUUGCAGGAAACUGUACUAGAUUAUAAGUUUAUUCCAUGAAAUAAUAAUAAA